GCGGGCCGUCGUCCCGGCGCGGCUGGGCCGCCAUGACCCGCACUCUGCUGCAGAGCCUGGGGCAUUGGUGGCGCCGUUACAAGUACCGAUUCGUACCUUGGAUCGCGCUGAACCUAAGCCGCAACCCCAGGACCCUCCGGUAUGUUCCAGUGGAACUUAAAGACAAAGUUAUCUCAGACGAAGACGUCCUAGUCACGUUACUGAGGGUUUUCCAGGCUCUGUUCAUCCACGAUUUCUAUAAGCAGUCAGCUACCUUGACUGUGCUGCCCGAGCCCGUGCAGUCGAAGUAUCAAGACCUGCUGUUAGCCCAGCCUCCAAGGGUGAGCCUGCCUGAAUACAGACAUCAUCGGGGACGUACUGUUAAACCAGAAGAAAUCCUGUAUCAGACGCUGGGUUUCAGCGUUGCCUGCGCAACUAGCUCAUUGGUCUCUGCCGGAAGAGGCGUCUUCGUUUCUAGAGGAUCAGCACCAAAAGGCGCAGUUGUAUCCAUGUACCCUGGUACAGUAUAUCAGAAAUACGAGCCAGUCUUUUUCCAGUCUAUUGGAAAUCCGUUUAUUUUUAGAUGCUUGGAUGGCAUACUCAUUGAUGGAAAUAACAGAGGAAUAUCCAAAGUCGUGUACAGGUCUUGCGCUGGAAGGGACCGCCUCGGCCCUUUACAAAUGAGCGACAGCACCUGGCUGACGGCAGACGUUCAGAACCCGCUGGCUGUAGGGCAGUAUGUCAACAACUGUUCAAACGAAAGACCCGCCAACGUCUGUUACCAGGAGCUGGACGUGCCUCUGGCCUUCCCUGUGGAGCUGAAGCAGUACCUCCCGAAUGUCGCCUACAGCUGCGACCAGCAAAGCCCCCUGCGGUGUGUGGUCCUCGUCGCGCUGAGGGACAUCGGACAAGGGGAGGAGCUCCUUUCCAACUACUACACGGUCGUCGGCUGACUCUGGGAGGGGAGAGGCGUCGGCGCCCGAGGUGGUCCUCUCUGAAUCCCACCUGCAGAGCCCAGUGUUACAGCUAAUUGGAGCCGGAACUGGCUAUUUUUGUCGAUAUUUUGUUUGUUUCAAGUCCAUGAUAAAAGCUGUUUGCUGCAUUACAAUUUCAAAUUUCCAGUGCAAUUCCAAUUUUAUUUAAUUUUCAGCUAAAUACACAGCAGCUUAUUAAAGCCUACUGCCUGAACUUAC